CUCCAGCGGCCGCUAGAUGUCGCCGAAGCGCGGCGCCGCUUUUCCCAGGCAGAAAGCUGAGUCACAUCUAAAGGCAGAAACAGGGAGACACACAGCCGUUCCUGCGCGCGUGAGGGAGUGUGUGUGUGUUGUGAGUGUGUGUACAUGCCAGGCAGUACCUGACCGCUGUUGACGAUGUUGACGAUCACGCUGAAAACUCUCCAGCAGCAGACCUUCAAGAUCCAGAUCGACGAGGAGCUGACGGUACGAGCCCUUAAAGAGAAGAUUGAAGCUGAAAAGGGAAAGGAGGCGUAUCCCAUAGCUGGACAGAAGCUCAUUUAUGCAGGUAAAAUCCUGAAUGAUGACAUACCUUUGAAGGAAUACAAAAUGGAGGAAAAGAACUUUGUGGUGGUCAUGGUAACUAAGCCCAGAACAGCUGCACCUCCACAGCCCCCUGCUGCUCCUCCUAUGGUCGCUGUUCCCCUUCCCGAUCUCUCUUCUCAGAUUGUCUCCACACCUGCCCCGCCUCCUUCUGCCCCAGCAGCCCCUGCACCCACCACAACACCUGCCCCCGUCCCUGUGCCUGCUCCUGCCGCCGUCCCUAUCCCAACACCUGCACCCACACCCACAAACACACCCGCCUCAGCCCCUGUAGAAGCAGAACCUUCAGCAGAACCUAUUGCCCCACCCACCACAGAGCCCCCUGCUGCCCCGGCCGCUCAGGCCGAGCCAGUAGAGACAGUGAGUGCACCUCCAGAACCUUCCCCAGUGCCACAACCCCAGACUGCCCAGCCCCAAGCAGCCGAACCAGAGCAGCCCAGAACAGCCCAACCCCAAGCCGCCCCGCUGGAGCAGCCCGGCAUCCCUGCUGCCGCCCUCUCAGCUGCUAGCAUGAUGGAGGAGCUGGGUCUUCUCGAGGAAGCAGCAUCGAUACUUGUGACCGGACAGGCGUAUGAGAAUCUGGUGACAGAGAUCAUGUCUAUGGGAUACGAGAGAGAACAGGUCAUCGCUGCUUUGAGAGCAAGCUACAAUAAUCCUGACCGGGCAGUGGAAUACCUCCUCAUGGGUAUUCCUGCUGAAUUAGAGCAGCCUCCACAAGAAGUAGUGCGACCAACUCCAGUGGCCAACCCUGCCUCUGCCCCAGCUUCUGCCCCGGCUCCAGCUCCUGCUCCUGCCCCUGCCCCAGCUCCUUCCCCAGCUCCUGCUCCUGUUUCAGCUCCAGCUCCCGCUCCACAAACCGAGAGACCUCAGCCUCCAGCAGCUGCUGCAGGUGCUACAUCUGCGCCCCCUCAGCCCCAGUCUGCGUCAGGUAACCCUCUGGAGUUCCUGAGGAACCAGCCGCAGUUCCAGCAGAUGCGUCAGAUCAUCCAGCAGAACCCUGCCCUCCUGCCUGCACUGCUGCAGCAACUGGGCCGGGAUAACCCUCAGCUCCUACAGCAAAUUACGCAGCACCAGGAACGCUUCGUACAGAUGCUGAAUGAGCCACUGGGGGGUGAGGCGGAGGCUGCACAGGCACAAGGAUCUCCACAGACCAGUUACAUCCAGGUCACUCAGCAGGAGAAAGAGGCCAUUGAGAGGUUAAAAGCCUUGGGGUUUCCAGAGGGACUAGUCAUCCAGGCUUAUUUUGCCUGCGAAAAGAACGAGAACCUAGCAGCCAACUUCCUCCUCCAGCAGACCUUCGACGACGAGUGAAUGUGUAAAGCACGCAUUAGAAACCUCAGUGGGCGAUGGAGUUUGCGUGUAGCGUGUGCGUGCUGGCAGAAGUUUUUCGAUGUGACUGGGAAUGUUCUGUGCUGUGUACCAUGGAGAGAAAGCCAUGACGUGAAGUACUCUAAUAUCAGAGAUGUGAUGUUCUGCCUGUCUGUAUUAGAUUAGUUCACUCUUGGACAGAACGUCUGUCUGUCUGCUCUGCUGCUGUUCCUGCCGAGUGUGCCGUAUGAGUUUGCAGGUUUUUAUCUCUACUGUUUAAUUUAUUGCAAUUAAAUCCUGCCAAAAGAC